AUGAAAUUGGACGCGGGAAUCCCAAGGCUUGGCCGAUGGAUUGCAAACGCAGCGGCCGAGAGGCUGGCGCGUUAUGCCGGGGGGGAGCGCGACCGCUAUCGGGACCUGAACCAGGACCGUGAACUAGAGCGCAGCCGCAGGGGUGACACCGGCCCAAGCGGGCGUCAGGACUACGACGGACGCCGCACUGAGGACCGUGACGGCGGCGGUUCUCGUCGUUUACCCAGUCCACGCCGGCAUCGGUCCCGAAGCCCGCCGCUUCCCCGGCCUUCGCCGCCGCCGCCGCGGAACGGUCGGCCGCCUCCACCACCCCCACCGACUUUUUAUGGCAAUGGUGGGCGUGACGGCACCUCCCUCCCGUCGUCCUUCGGCCGGAACCCUGACGUUGGAAACUUUGACGGCGACGUCAGCGACGAAGACAUCCGACAAAAGGCAAUGGGCAACUUCCAGGAAUAUCGGCGGCUGAUGCGCGUCAAGAUGGCCGAGCGGAACAUUAAGCCCUUCUGGCGCACCACGCCCAGCCCACCUGAGCACGCCAACUACACGCCGGAGAUCCCGCGUGGGCGGUCGCCAAGUCCUGUCCGGCAGCAGCAGCAGCAACAGCAACUGGUGGGCGGCGGCGGUGCUGCUCUGGGAGGCCGUGAAUCGUCUACGGAACCCCCGUUAAAUAAGGAGCUUCUCGCAAUCGAUCAGGAGGAGGCGGAUCUGUUGAAGGCCUGGCUGGAGCUGCAGCAUGCCGCCGCGGCGGAGGCGGAGCGGCUGCACCGCGAAGCGCUUGCGGCGGAGGGCGGGAUCGCAGACGCGGACGAUGUGGGGCCGAAGUUACCGGAGACGCACCGUGCUGCAGCGGCAGGUGGCAACUUCGGAGGCUUUCUCAGGCCCGGCGAGGGCGAGCGUAUGGCGGCUUACGUGGCUAGCGGUAAGCGUAUUCCGCGCCGUGGUGAGGUGGGUCUGUCGUCGGAACAGAUUGAGAAGUUCGAGGGCCUAGGCUACAUCAUGUCAGGUAGCCGGCACAGCCGCAUGAACGCUAUUCGUUUGCGCAAAGAGAACCAGAUCUACACGGCAGAAGAGAAGGCUGCUCUCGCAAUGUUCAAUUACGAGGAGAACAAGCGCAAGGAGGCCAAGGUGCUGGAGGACAUGAAGGCACUGGUGUCGCGGACCCUGGCAGUGCACGGUCAGGAGGGUGCUGAGGAGGGGUCAACGGCGGGUCCGGGCACUUGA